CCCACUUUCAGUGAUACUACUCAACGAAGUAGAGCUUUGGUCUAAAAAUGGCACAGAGAGCAGAGCAAGUAGAGGUCGAGAUCCACGGUACCGGAGAAAGAAGCCCGGUUGGCACAGUUGGUGGGGAGUCACUCCGGCGGAGGAGCAAAGAUCAGGUACUGGAGGAUGCACCCAACUCGGGUGGAGCUCAAGUUCUGAGGCGUAGCUCAAACGCUUCGUUUUCUUGUAAAGGUUGGAAACCUCCAAUGAACAAGACCAGGUCGAGGCUCAUUGAUCCACCUGACGAUCGGCGGACCAAGUCAGAUAGGGUGGGACAUUCCGGAAGAGUGGUCGGCAAAGAUGACGAGGACGAUGGUUUUGACGUUGAGGAUAUUCCGGAAGAGUAUAAGAGGAUGAAGUUCAACACUUUGACGUUAGUUCAGUGGGUGAGUCUUGUUUGUGUUUUGGGUGCUUUAGUUUGUAAUCUUUGGAUUCCAAUGAUAAGGAGGCAAACGGUGUGGGAUCUUCCGAUUUGGAAAUGGGAGUUGUUGCUUUUGGCAUUGAUUUGUGGGCGUUUGGCUUCAGGUUGGUGUAUUCGUUUGGUUGUGUUCUUUGUGGAGAGAAAUUUUCUGUUGAGGAAGAGGGUUUUGUAUUUUGUUUAUGGGUUGAGAAAGGCUGUGCAGAAUUGUCUGUGGUUGGGUUUGGUUUUGGUGGUGUGGCAUCUUAUAUUUGAUAAGAAGGUUGAGAAGAAAACCAAGAGUAGGAUCUUACCUCAUGUGACUAGGACUCUUGUAUGUUUUCUGGUUGCUACCUUAAUUUGGCUUGUGAAAACAAUACUCGUCAAGGUUCUUGCUUUGAAUUUCCAUGUCAAUGCCUAUUUCGAACGAAUCCAGGAUGCAUUGUUCAACCAGCAUGUAAUUGAGACGCUUUCUGGUCCUCCUUUGUUCGAAAGGCAGCACAUACAAGAAGAAGAGGAAAAGGCUGCCGCGGAGAUUGAGGAGUUUCAGAAGGCUGGGGCUUGUAUACCUCGCGAGCUCAGGGCAACUCUUCUUCUAAGGAAUGGGAGAGUUUUGGGGAGUGGUGGACUGCAGUGUAGCCCCACAAUCGGCAGGAGUCCUAGAUAUUCCUCUAGGCCUACAACGCCUAAAUCUGUGAACCAAGAUGAUGAGAUCUCAGUUAACCAAUUGCAUCAGCUGAAUCAGAAGAAUGUUUCGGCUUGGAAUAUGAGGAGAAUGGUGAAUAUCAUCCGGCAUGGCUCCUUAACCACUCUAGAUGAAAACAUACUGGAUGUUGAGGACGACUCUACAGUGGAGAUCAGCACUGAAUGCCAGGCAAAAGAGGCAGCCAAGAACAUAUUCCUCAAAGUAGCCAAGCGGGGGUCAAAAUGCAUUUUUCUUGACGAUUUGAUGCGCUUUAUGGAUAAAGAUGAAGCCUUGAAGACAAUUCGUCUCUUCGGAGUAGCAAGUGAAGAUGAUGGCAUCAACAAGUCUUGUCUCAAAAACUGGGUGGUGAGUACAUUUCGAGAGAGAAGAGCUCUAAAAUUAUCUCUGAAUGAUACAAAAACAGCAGUGGAUGAACUCCACAACUUAUUAAGCAUUCUCGUGGGUGUGAUCAUUGUGAUAACCUGUCUCAUUAUACUUGGGCUUCCAAUCACCCACUUCCUUGUGUUCAUAAGCUCCCAGAUUCUUUUGGUCGUAUUUAUAUUUGGGAACACUUGCAAGACAGUUUUCGAAGCAAUCAUCUUUCUGUUUGUAAUGCACCCAUAUGAUGUGGGUGAUCGUUGUGAAGUGGAUGGAGUCCAGAUGGUAGUUGAUGAGAUGAAUCUAUUAACAACAGUGUUUCUGAAGUUUGAUAACCAGAAGAUUAUAUACCCCAACAGUGUUCUUGCUACCAAGCCAAUUGCUAACUUUUACCGCAGUCCUGACAUGGGAGAUGCUGUUGAUUUCUGUGUUCACAUAUCAACUCCAUUGGAUAAGUUGGCCAUGGUGAAAGAAAGAAUCAAAGGGUACGUUGAAACUAAGACUAACCAUUGGCACCCAGCACCAAUGGUGAUCUUAAGGGAUGUAGAGGAACUGAACAAACUGAAGAUAUCAGUGUGGCUUACACACAGAAUGAACCAUCAGGACAUGAUGGCGAGAUGGACUAGGAGAGCCCUUCUGAUCGAAGAAAUGGUCAAAGUGUUCAAAGAACUCGACAUUCAGUACCGCUUGCUGCCUAUCGAUGUCAAUGUCCGAAACAUGCCAAGUCCAUCCUCCAAACUCCCUCCAAAUUGGACUGCUUGUGCUCCCUAAUCAUAAUGCAGAUGCAAGUAGUUGCUGCUAGUGCCGCUCGAAUGUGUCUCUCUAAACACUACCUAGAAACAGCAUCGUUCUAAUGCAGCUAUCUUAGAUAAACAAAAUUGUACAUUUAAUCAGGCAUGACUGGAUUUACUAUGCACAUUCGAUCACCUAUGAAACAAGUUGAAUAAUCAUAUGUCAA